AUGACGAACGAAUUGAUGCAGAAGCAUAGUAACUGUUCGAUCCUUGGCCUGUUUGGGCAUAGUCUAGCAGGCCAAAAUAUAGUCAUCUGCAUCUACUUGUUUCUCAUGUUCCGGUCGCUACCAUACGCCGUUUCACAGAGCAGUAGUCAACCGCCAGCCGUCGUUCCCUAUGGCAUAACCAACACUUACAGCCCUUCGUCGGCGAUCAACAAUUUGACCCUACACUUCUUCAUGUUUAGCGCCAUUUUUUUCUUGUCCUUCAUCUCCCUCUGCGUCUGCAAGUGCUCCCGGACCGAAAGCGAUCGAAGCAUUCGCGGUAAUAUCGUGGAAGGCCGAAUAUCACGUAAGGGAAAUCGAGGGCUCGAUCCGGCCUUGAUCCAGACUUUCCCAAUCUUCGCCUAUUCACAUGUGAAGGACCACAAAUUGGGAAAUGGAGCUCUGGAAUGCGCCGUAUGCUUGAACGAAUUCGAAGACGAAGAUCCUAUUCGAUUGCUGCCAAAGUGUGAUCAUGUCUUCCAUCCUGAGUGCAUUGAUGCUUGGUUAUCUAAGCGCACAACAUGCCCAGUCUGCCGAGGUAACCUCGUCCCUGUACCGGGCGAAACAUCUGAAACUAUGGUGGUACCGGUACAGGACAUAGAAGGCGGAUCGGAUGGGGAAAUCCCAACAUCGGAACCAUUGGACGCAGAGAACGAGCAAGUUUCCAUUAAUGUACUAAGCGAAGAACCACAGGUGAUGGCAGUGGCACCAGAGGUAAUUAAUCAGACCCCAAUGCAGAACCGGCCAGCGAGAUCGACGGAGCCGAGAUACGCGGGGAGAUUUUCACGGUCGCAUUCAACGGGGCACUCACUGGUUCAACCGGGAGAAGAUGUCGAGCGGUUCACCCUCCGGCUUCCGGAAGACGUUAGGAAGCAAAUCAUGAACAUGAGGCAGGUGAAUCGGACUAAGAGCAUGGUGGUAUGCGGAUAA